GGAGCACAAUUCCUUCCAGGAUCCCCCAGGUAGCUAGCCGUCACACGCCGGUGUAAGCGCCGCCGCCGGCAGGAACACCCCCCGAUCUCGACGGGAGAGCGAUGGCGCUGACCAACUUCAUCGUGACGGUGGCGGUGGUGGGCGCGGGGAUGCUCCUCUUCACCACCGACAUCCGCAGGUCCGGCGCCCUCUUCCGCCGCAACGCGCGCCAGCUCCGGCAGUGGCUCGAGGAGGACACCGCCUCCGCCGCAUCCAAGUCUGCAAAAGAAGCAGCUCCAAAGAAACUUGACUCGACGAUCCCCAAGGAGAAGCCAAAGGAAGACAAUCACUGAUUGAAGUUGUUUAUGUGAAUGGUAUAACCUUUCUUAAAAGUCCAAGGCUCUGGUAGUCUGUUACCAAGUACUGUGAUAGAAACUUUUAGGUCCUUACGUAGAUGCACGGUGAAAUUAUGUUUUCAUUUGAACAUAAAUAAACUAGGUCUCUGUGGAGCAGCUAAACAAUGUUCUUAUGAUUUCCUUGUAAGGAUAUAAGCUCCCUAGCUAAUCUACAUGUUUGCUGGUAAUUUUGUUGUUGGGAUGCCUUAUACAGUAAAGCAGACAUAACUGUUUCCUUACAUGAAGCAUCUUUGCUA